GGGAAGGUUUAAGUCCUUUGCAGAAAAUGAUUGCAGUUGUACGGAUGCUUGCCUAUGGUUUGCCAGCUGAUAUUCUUGAUGAAUAUAUACAGAUUGGUGAAAGUACUGCAGUUGAAUGUCUCAAGCGUUUUUGCGAUGCCAUAAUCGGAAUAUAUGAGAAAGAGUAUCUAAGAAAACCAAAUGAAAAUGACAUAGCUAGGUUGCUUAAGGAAGCAGAGACUCGUGGUUUUCCAGGCAUGAUUGGGAGUCUUGACUGUAUGCAUUGGCACUGGGAAAACUUCCCAACGGCUUGGCAUGGUACACACACUAAUGGUUUCAAAAGGGUCCCUACCCUCAUUUUAGAAGCUGUAGCAUCUCAAAACUUAUGGAUUUGGCACGCUUUCUUCGGCAUGGCAGGUACGAACAACGACAUCAACGUUUUGGAUAGAUCUCCUCUGUUUGAUGACAUUAUUAAUGGAGUUGCUCCACCUUGUGAAUUUGCAAUACAAGGUAAAAAGUAUAAUAUGGGGUAUUACAUGUCGGACGGAAUUUAUCCCAAAUAUGCCACACUAAUUCAAACUAUCUCUAACCCAAGUAAUGAUAGAGAGGAAUUAUUUUCUAAGCGACAAGAAGCUGUGAGGAAAGAUGUGGAACGAGCUUUUGGAGUUUUACAGAGUAGGUGGAGAAUUGUAAAGGGCCCAGCGCGUAAUUGGAAGGCAAAAGACCUUGGUAAAAUAAUGAAGACGUGUAUUAUCUUGCACAAUAUGAUUAUCGAGAAUGAAGAACCUCGAGGAAUUGAUCCGUCACGAUGGGAGCCUCAUGUAGAAGAAAGAGUUAGGCUUGUUAAUUUAGAGCAUGAUCAUCGCUUUCUUGUUUGCAGGAUGAUGUAUAGAAUGAAACAAGUUCGAAGUACCGAAGCACAUGACACACUGAAAACUGAUCUUAUCAACCACUUGUGGGAUACACAUACGAACCAAAGCAACGUCUCUACUAGAAAUUAAUGAUAUCCACUUCUGGAAUUGGCUGUGUUACUAAUUGGACUGCAGAAAUCCUUGCAAUUCUUUUUCUGUUUGUGUUGGGUUGGUCAGACAAGAUUUAGUGACAUCUGAUUCAAGUGCUGCAAUUUCUGCGACAAAAUUUAGUGACAUCUGAUUCAAGUGCUGCAAUUUCCGCUUUCAA